UUGGAUAAUAGAUUUUGGAAUGAUUGUUUGAUUGUUGUGAAUCUUAUGUCUCCACUAAUGCGCUUAUUGCGUAUUGUUGAUUGUGAUGAGAGGCCUUCGAUGGGAUAUGUGUAUGAAGGCAUGUAUAGGGUUCGUUUGGGCAUCAAGAAAUUGUUUAACUACAACAAAAGACUAUACAAGCCUUAUACGGAGAUCAUAAAGCAACGUUGGGAUCAACAACUAAAGAAAAACAUUCAUUCAGCAGCUUAUUGGUUGAAUCCAUGUUUCCAAUAUGAUCAGGAAAACUUUUGUAAUAAGCCAAAUGUUAUUGGAGGUGUCAUGGAUGUUAUUGAUCAGAAAGUUCUGAAAGGCAAGCUUGAAACAAUGAAUGAAAUGAAGUUAUUUCGUGAUCGAUUGGGAAGUUUUGGAAGAGAACUUGCUUAUUCUUCACGUGAAGUACUUCAACCUGAUGAAUGGUGGAGGCUACAUGGAUACAGUGCACCACAUUUGCAAAAGUUAGCCAUUCUAAUAUUGAGCCAAACCGCAUCGUCUUCUGGAUGUGAGAGGAAUUGGAGUGUCUUUGAACGUAUACAUACCAAAAGAAGGAAUAGAUUGGAACAUCAAAGGCUUAAUGAUCUUGUAUACGUUCAUUAUAAUUUGCGCCUAAAAAAUCGGUUCUAUAACAAGAAAAGAAUCUAUGAUCCAAUUGACUAUGCAUGCAUUGAUGAGACCGAUUUUUGGGUAAUUGAUGAUGAUCAACCAGCAGAGUUAGAUGUUGAAGAAUUGGAAAAUCUUCUAUAUGAAGAAGGGUCAAUUCCAAUAAAUGAAGUGAAAGGUUCAAGUUCUCACAUUGGUUAGUAAAAUAUUUAAACUUAUAAAAGUUCAAUAAUUAUAUUUUUUUUCUUUAAAAAUGAUU